AUGGAGUUGGGCCGAAUGGAGCUGGGCAGCCGUUGGAAGCAGGGGUUUGCGAGAGCACGGCUGGGGUUGCUGGAAGUGACGGCCGGAACUAUUGAGAGUUUUGGAAAAGCACGGCCGGGUUUCGAAUGGGUGUUGCGGCCGGAUGUUUGCGUGGCUGAGAGAGUGGCCGGGCUGCUGGGAUGGUCCGGCCGAAUCUGCUGGAGGAUACGGCCAGACAAGUUCGAACGUGGUAGAAGUGAUUGCGACCGGACCUUGGCUAGAAAUUGCGGCCGGGAGCUAGAGUAUUAG